UUCCCGUCAAUUGCGUCGACAGUGUUUCUCUUGCGAUGUCCAACAAUAUGUGGUCGAUGGUGCUGUGCCCGUUGCUCGUGCUGUGGCAAGGCAGUAGUGCUGUAUCGUGGACUCGGCUAGCUCGGGACUCGUUCGAGGCACCUGGUGGUCGGCAAGGCAUGGUCAUGGAGGUUGUGGGGGACGCGGCCUACAUCUAUGGCGGGGUAGGUGACGGAGACCACAACGUCUACGACGAUACGUGGAAGUUUGACUUGGUGCGCCUCAAGUGGCUGCCAGUGGUCACGGCGGUCAACCCCGGGCUUCGCUUUGACCACGUGUCGGCCGUUCGACAGGCCACGCAAGAAGUGUACAUCUACGGAGGCAUGACGCUGAACAUUAGUGCGUUCAACCAGGUGCUGGGGUGGAACGACGACGACGGGUACACCCAACAAGGGGAUGUGUGGGUGCUGGACACCGUGGCCGAGACCUGGACAAAGGUGCAAACCGUCCCCCAGGAUGGUCCUGGCGUUCCCCUGGCUCGAAGUGAAGCGACGGCAGUGACCGCCGCAGAUACAGCCAUGGUGGUGUUUGGGGGGGUGGUCAUUCCUUCCAACAACUCGCUGAUCCCCGUCGACCUGAACGACCUGUGGCGACUCGACUUUGUGACGAAACAAUGGACUGAGUUGGCCACAGUAGCUGGUACUGCUAAGCCAGCCGCUCGCUUUUCUCACGCGGCCACUACAAUUCCAGUUGGAACCGUCGAACACAUGGUCGUGUUGAGCGGACGCCACAUUGUGGGUGACGGAUGGACCAUUCUCACCGACGCGUGGAUGGUUCCCCUGUCCUACGAGGGGAGUGGCUUGACGUGGACCCUUUUGCAUGCCGACCCAGCGUACGACCGAAUAUACUCUGGCGUUGUGUACGCCCACCAAGGACUUUGGAUGAUCGGGGGGUUCAAUUACAUUGGCCAAGACAACGCGGUGGCGUAUCCAGACACCAUCUACGCCGCCACCCUCGCCGUUCCAAACUUGGAGCUCAAGUUCGACUACACUUCCGAUGCCUCGACCCUCACCGCGCGUUUCAACCAUCGCAUGGCCGUGUACAAGUCUGGCAUCCUUGUCUACGGCGGCAAGUUCCAGCGAUGUUACGGCGACCUCUGGCUACGCAACACGACCACCCUGCCCACAGACUCGUCGCCGUACAUUCAGGAUCUGAACGCCAUCAGUCCAGUGAUGUUCCUCUUGCUGGCGUUUGUCGUGCUUUUCAUCACGUGCAUCAUUCUCAUUGCGCACCUCUACAAACGGUUAUACCGCCAGCAGAUGAUAAGGCAUGGGGCCGCUGUCUCGGGUAUGGUGCGACCGCGAGGAAUGUCAAAAGAGCAAAUUGACCACUUUGAACUGGUCAAGUUUGCGCCGGCGUCGACAGCCGACGUGUCCGAUGAAAUGUGCCCCAUUUGCCUGGUCGACUACACUCCAGGCCAAGAGUUGAGGCAACUCCCGUGUAACCAUCGCUACCAUCCGCCUUGCAUUGACGAAUGGCUCCAAAAGAAUCAAACAUGCCCGAUGUGCAAGCGUGACAUGGCAUUUCCCAUGAACGCACAGCCGCCACGAAAUCUCCCCCAGCCUCGAACCCCUGGUGUCCUCAUCGACGACGCCCUACUCAACGACUAAACGCACCAGAUAGUAGUUUAUUCGUGACUUCAAAGCGUCAUAAAACUCAGGAUAAAGAGUUCCAUGGAUG